AUGCCUUCAUAUAAGCUCAAUCGCAGAGCCCAAUGCCAACAAGUAUCUCUCAUUCUUACCAUGGCGAAGUACGCAGGUAUUUCAUGGUUUGACUUUCUUGGAUUCGCAGGGACAUUUGCCACAUUGCCUUUCUACGUGUUGUGGAGCGUGUUGGUGACUGCUUUGAAGAAACGCCGGCUAACUGGCUUGCGCAAGGCUGCAUUAACCUCCAGCGCGAGGUACAUAAAUACCAGAUCAUCUGUCGCUCAGCUCCAAUACCUGUCCGGCACAUCGCCUUCUGUGUACGCGUCAUGGGCGAGGCGCCAUGGCUUUCCGGCCGUGAUAGAAGAUCUGAGGCACGAUGCACGGCUGUAUUGGCUAGGACCAAAAAGAACUGACAAAGUCAUUCUCUACAUUCCCGGGGGCGCCUUCUUCGCCCCUAUCUUGAGUGUCGCUCUAAGCUUCUGGAAUUAUGUGAGGAAGUCGAUGGGAGGCGAAGGCGAUGUCGGCCUUGUCGUUCUUCAGUACUCUGUACUUCCGGAAGCAGGAUUUCCGACACAACUUCGUCAAAUAUGCGGAGCCAUCGAUCACCUUCUUCAAUCAGGAACACGACCCGAUAACAUACAUAUUGUCGCGGACUCGGCGGGUGGUAACCUCGUCCUGCAAUUCUUCUCCCAACUUCUACACCCUCUGGAAAACGCGAACGUCGAACCUAUUCCAGCCUUGCGAAAGCCCUUUGGAAGCGUUUACCUCCUGUCUCCCUGGACCAAUCUCCAGAUCGCAGAGCAGAGAGGGCAAAAGAGCGCCGACGUCAUCAACACCAAAGUGCUAAAGGUUUGGGCAAAGUCAUAUAUAGACACUAUCCCCAAAGGACAGGAACAUUAUGCCAGCUUUCUGACCCCUGGAAAAGAAGAUUGGUUUACAGGCUUGGGUCAAUUCUGUAACCGCAUUAUGGUGUCGUUUGGAGGAGACGAGUGCAUCAAGGACGAUGGGGUGGAUGUUGCGAGAUCGCGACUUUCACAGGAUGGAGUGGAUCUGCGGCUCGAGAUUCAGGAGGGUGGUGUUCACGAUGAUCCAUUUUGGGACUUUACCUCGUCGGACAACCCUUCGUCGGUUGGCACUCUGACACCGAUCAUCGUCGAAUGGUUAAAGGAAGGGUUGUAUUCCAGAUCAUAG